UAUACAACGGGGAGAACAGUUUUGACGCCAUCAACAAGAGAGAUCGAGCAGAGAAGAAGUUGAAGGCAGGAAACAAGGCAGAGAAGAUCAGGGACCUGAAGAGACAGUUCAAGCGCCGAGAAGGACUCACAACCAAAGAUGAAAAUUGAAAGUGAAGGGUUCAAAAUAGAAAAAGAUGGUUUCUCAGGGUACACCCUCGAUACUAAAAAACAGGAUUUCACAUCUACAGAUGAAUACCAUGAAAAACUAAAAGUUGCACUGCUGCGGUGGCAGGAAGAGGGUGUGAGGGGAUUCUGGGCCAAGAUCAGACUCGAACAUUCUCACCUCACAGCUGUAUUUGCAAAGUAUGGACUUGAUUUCCAUCAUGCCCAACCCGGGUAUGUGAUCAUGAGCAAGUGGCUGCCCACCACGGAACCAGACAUGAUCCCGGAGUAUGCCAACCAGUAUCUUGGUGUAGCGGGGUUUGUUGUAAAUGAACACAACCAGCUGCUGGUGAUACAAGAGAAGUACCAUCCUGGUACCCAAAGCCCCAAGUGGAAGUUGCCCGGGGGACACGCUUAUAAAGGUGAGGAGAUAGCAGAUGCUGCACGGCGGGAGGUGAGGGAGGAGACUGGUAUAGAGGUGGAGUUUGUGGGCGUCAUAUCCUUCAGGCACCAGUUGCAUUACCGGUACAACUGCUCAGACUUCUACUUCAUCUGCCUAAUGCGGCCCGCAAGGACAGGGCAGGAGAUCAACAAAUGCGAUAUAGAGAUCAAGGACUGUAAAUGGAUUGAUCUUGAGGAGUAUGUUAAAGACCCAGACAUCACAGAUGCGAAUCGUUUCUUCACACAGUGUUACUUGGACGGUGUUGUGAAGGGUAACAUGGUGAUUGGGGCCACAACUGUUUCUUCAUACAACAGGAAAACACAGCACCAAGUCUUCUCUAUACAGACUAUCAAAUAACCAUGGGGCAUGUACUCUCUUCACACAUACCGUAGUAAGGUUUUGCUCAAUGGAAAAUUUGAUUUUAGUUUUUGAUAAUGCAAUAGAAAUUAGAUUUUUUUUUCUUGUACUCCAAGAACACUAUGUAGUUAAAUGGUAAUAUUUUUUAUCAACUCAAAUUUUAGUAUUUUCAGUGAUUUUUUGGGUGUAAUUUACUGCCUUUUAAUGAAAAUUCAAUAAAUUUCUUGAAAAAUAAACAAAUUCUUGACAAGACUAACUCUUUCUCAGCAUAAAGUAUGUAUAAAAAGGUGAAAAGAUGUAUAAUUCCCAUUAUAUUUGCUAUUUUGAUCUGCUUUGUAUUUUUCCUAAUUUGGACUUUUUACCACCCCCACCCCCACCCACAUUACAGGAGGAUAAAAGGGGAAAUGAGAAAACAGGGAGAGGGGGUUGCAGAGUCACUACAUAAUCUGACAAAAUUCUGGUAUGCGGAAAAUAACUGAGAGCCAUUAAGAACAGAUUCGAAAGAUACACAUACGGACUGCAUUGUACAUUUACUGAUUUAGUUCCUUGACAUGUAUAUUGUAUAUAUGGUCAGUGCGCAAAUUAGGGCUGCUAUUUCUUAUUUGCAUUGAAAUCUUUUAUAUUUAUAAUGAAUUAAAACAUAUACAAACGCAUUAUUCUCAGCAGAAUACGUCUCAGAGUGGUAAUCAUCUCCCGUGAAAUGAUUCUCACAGAUAUACGAGUACUUCGUAGGUGACCACAUUUCGAACUUCGAUUUUCCCCUUUUAAUUGCGUGCACCCAUGCAUCUCGUCGGGCUUUGUCCUUCGGAAACUUAUGACGUCCUUUUCGUGAACAAAAUGGUACAACACAAGUUGUUUCAGGCAUGAUUAAUCACUUUCAAUGUAUAACUGUCAAACGCUUGGGUAAACAACAAUGGCGUGGAUGCAUUGAUAAGAUCCGAGGAUACCCGGAUAAAGGACCUACUCGACAGCAGCGCCACCUAUAGUGGGAUUUGGGGCAGAUAACCCGCUAAAGUCGCUAAUUUGGGGAAGGCACAGGCGGAAAAAAUAUUUUAAAAAAAAUUCACUGAUUUUUAUGUUUAGGCAAAGAUGUCAUAUUCAUACCAGAAUUCAUUUAGAUUUUUAUUUAUUACAUGCUUCAUGGUGGUUUGUAGAUAUUAAUUAGUGAAAUCAAUGUUUCAAACAGUGAAAAUUUCAAUAUAUUUCUCACUGUUUUUACAUAUUAACUUGCUCUCAAUUCCAAACCAAACCUCAGUGUGCACAGGGCUGGGUCUCAGUUUGAGCGGUCAGUUGUGACUGAUGUUAAUUUGCUCUAAUUUGGUGAUCUUUAAUGAGAAUCUACAAUUAAAUGUCUUUAAUAUCCUUUCUAGAUAUAUAAUAAAAAGAAACAUUGUCUAUUUCAGUGUACGAACACAAUGAAUUUCACCUUAUUCACCUUAUGAACACUGGAAGUGAAUAUUCCACUAUUUGCUACACCACUUGUGAAGUAGAGCACUUGUGAAGUAGAGCACUUGUGAAGUAGAGCUUGUGAAGUAGAGCACUUGUGAAGUAGAGCUUUUGAUGUUUACUCGGUGAAACAUAUUGUGAUCUUACACUGAAACAAACUAUUUUUCUCUAUGUAUUUAUUAAAUAACUAUGCUGUUUGUUAUGUUUUACCACUAUGAACUGAUGUACCAGGUAUUAUGAUAUAUUUGUAUCUGUGAUAUACUGUACUCAUACUAGUUUUAGAAUAAAUAAUGCAAAAUUAA